CGGCGCGCUGCCACCGCGGCAACACGUUUUCGCGGGUGCUAUCCGGGGAGAUCUUGUGUCGUACGAACAGCUGUUGUCCACCGACUUUCCUCUCGAUUUUCAUUCCGUAGCUUUCUAAGAAAAGCCGGAGACCCGCCGGCACCGAUGAAGGCUGAUUAUCCGUGACUUGUAGAACGAUCGAGUCGCCCGAUCUCGGAUUCACAUGUCCUGGACGUGGCGCGAAACUGGUAUCGAGGUUUGUGAGUGAGAGACGAGCUCUCGAAAACGGGAAAAAGCUGGCGAGGCAGAUCGUGACGAGGGGGAAGAUUUCGGAGCUGCUGGAAUUGCUUGUGCUGCGCUGGGCCAGAAUGUCGUUCUUCAGGGGUUUGUGGAAGAGCAGUUCGAAGCACAAGAAGCUAUGCGAGGAAUGGGCGCUGGCGAAUAGCCGCGAGUGCGUGGAGAGUGGCGGUUCGACGAGCACAACGCACGGGGAGGAAUCUGAGGAUGCGUCUGAGGCGAGGUUCACCCUCAAAUAUUUGGGCAGCACCCUCGUCGAAACGCCUUCGAGCGAGGAAGCCACGGCGGAAGCCAUCAAGACCGUCAUUACCAUGGCGAAAGCAAGCGGAAAAAAGUUGCAAAGGGUCUCUUUGGCUGUGAGCUUGAGAGGAAUUAGAAUGACGGAUUUGGCCACCGAAGAAGAUCAGCUUCAGGUAUCGAUAUACAGGAUUUCGUACUGCUCAGCAGACGCGACGCACGAUCACGUGUUCGCAUUCAUCGCAACGAAUCUCAACGAGACGAUGGAGUGCCACGCGUUUCUCUGCCCGAAGAGAAAAAUGGCGCAGACAGUGACGCUGACUGUGGCGCAGGCCUUCAACACGGCUUAUCAGGCGUGGCAGUUGUCGCAGUCCGAUCCCAGAAUCCAUCAGACGCAGGAUAAAAGCUCUCCCUCGACAGGUGGCAGGAUCGAUAACAAUGAGAAGAAGAGCGCCAGCGAGACAAAGACUACUACUGGCAAGAUUAAUGAACAAAACAAGCAGAACGGUCAACAGCGGCGCAAUGAUAGUCAGAAGAAUCUUUUAAUUGAUUUGUCGAACGAUCCCAAACCGGCGGGAAAUUCAUGGGUGUGCUUCGAGGAGGAUUCGGACGUAAAGAAGAGCCAGAAGAAGAGCGUGGCGAGUAACAACAGUAUUCCUAUGACAACGCUUAGGCACCACACGGCGGCGUCCACCCCAGCUCACCACGUGGUGCCCCGACCGAGCGCCGGUUUCAAGGUGCAAAACGCCUGGGGCGAGUCCAGGUCGGUCGAUUUGAUGUGCUCGUAGCAGGCAGGAUAGCCGGCGGCCGACAGCUUCAGGGACGUGCCGUUGAUCACGGGCCUCUGGAAACACCUCUCGGACAACGGCCAGUCCAAAAAGAUCAACGGCAAUCAUUGAAAUCCUCGCCGAAAACUGUCCCGGCCGAGCUUCCGAUCGCGAGUUUAAAAUUCAUAAUGGCGACGAUCUUCGCCGAUUAUUCAUAUUUUUAUCGAACGCUGCAGACAGACAGCGGGGAUGCCGACGUAGCGGUGUCUAUUUUUGUGUGAUCUUAAUGAGACUACAUUAAGUCCGACGGGGUUUCUUGUAUUCAUUAGAGAGGGACGUACGAAAGAUUGCGGGUGGUUCCUGUCAACAUACGAUGACGAUGGUGGUUUCUUUUUAAAGAGGACCAACCCGCAGCAGAGAGGCGCGCGAUAAUCGGGGUGGGAUCAAUUUCUAAUGGAUUUUGUAAUAAUGCGUAUAAUAUACAUAUACCUGUGCCAAUUACUUUACAUACAUAUCGCACAAACAUCGUUAAAUGAGAGUGCUAAAGCACUUUUUUAUCGUUUUUAAUGGUAUUAACUCUGGAAAUUAGAUUAAAAUUAGUGUCAUAUAACUCGCGUUUUUAGAGGGUCCAUGGAUCAAGAUCGAUUUUCGAUUCAAGGUUUAACGGAGAAUUGAAAUUCACGAUGCGAUACUCAGGUAGAGAUGCUCUAUUAAACAAAAAGAGCAGAUUUUUCUAAAAUUAAUUUAAUUAAUAUAAUUCAUAAAUUUCAUAUACUUUUCUUAAUAAGUUAAAUUCACGAUUGAGUAUCUAUUAAAACAAGCAAGAAGAGAGUUUAUAAAAAUUACUACGAAAUACAUAAUUGGGAUGUACAGUAAAAAAUGUGUUACAUAUAAUUAUAUAGAUAUAUCAAAUUAGUUUUUGUAUCAAAAUGUUUAAAUUAUACACAAUGAGCCGAAAUUUCGGCUGGUAAAAAAUACACCAAGCCUCGUGCUAAAAAUGUGUCCCGUCCAAAUUGGAAAAUAUUGCUGCCAUAUUUUAAUCGCGUAUACGAUUCGAAUGUUUACACACAUGUGUAUCCACGCGGUGCAGUGCGCAACUAUAAAUUGCUUUAGUGCAAUUUUCGAGUGAAUUCUGGUCACGUGAAAAUGCGUAUUCCAGAGUUAAUACGCAUGUGUUAUUUCUGUUGGAAAAAUACACCAUGGUAAAACAAAAGAAGCGAACAAAGAAACAAGAGAAUUGAGAAAAAACGCCAGGUUUCGUAGAUCGAUUCCCUAUUAUGGUGCUGGAUAGAGAUGAUCCUUUACGUAAUUGUUGACGGUCGAACUCUUGAUUGAAUAGCUGGACUAUUUCUUAGUUGAAAUUCGUUAAAGUUUUUCACAAAAAUUCGACGUUUGAAUAAAUAUCGAGAAGUAACGCGUUAUAUUUUUCAUUUGUUAUUAAGUGUAAUUUGCGAUUAGCUCAUACGUUACAUGGAGAAAUUUUACAUAUUCUCGAUAGAAAUUUUUAUAUUCCACAAAGAGAAAAGUUUUAUAUUCCGAAGCGAUUAAAUUUGUGUGCCAGACGGGCUUCGUUGCGCCGAUGAAGGUUUCAUUGAUAAUAUUCGGCCGGCGAGCGAUCGCUACCGAAAUACCGCAAUAUUGCGUAUUAAAUAUUAAACAUUAAUGUGUUGGUGUAUACGUGCGCGUAAUAGCUGAUAGGGCAUAAUAAUGCCGCUAAUAAUCGGAGAAACGUUAACAUGAUUUAGCAUUAACUAUAUUGAUAUUUAAUUUAUCAAUUGUUAAACCGUAAAUAUAUUGUAUUCUGGUUCUAGAUAUUGCGUAUCCGUGCAUAAUUAUCGCGAUGACGUCUCAUUGGAUAGCAUUUAAGAUCUUCGUUUGUGCGUGACGCGAUUCGGUUAUUCUUGCGAAUACGUAAGUUGCGGAGGGCUGCGUUCGAUUUCGAAGAAGAUAUUAGCAGGUGUAAUACAUUAUAUAUGAUAACUUACUGUUCAUUAGUCAAUGUUAUAUUGUCGAAGAGCAGCGUUUUUAGAUUAUGGGAUCAGAUUAUAUCGAUUCUAAGAUAGUUACUCCGAUGGAGAGUUUUCGUAGGUUUGCAGAAUUUAUCGCGAUGCAUGAAACAGUCGGAAUGCUCGUUCUUUCGUACAUCAAUACCUUUUUGACCAAAAUUCUCGAAGGAAAAAUUUUUUCUAUUAUUUUUUGACAUAAAGAAAACUGAAUUUGUUUAGAUAAAUAUUGUGCUUAUUUUUACAUAGAAAUUUUGAUAAGUUAUUAUUAAGAGAUUAUUAUAGGAAAUAUUGCAUGUUUAAGUAAUUCUUAUAAUUCUUAUAAUAUAAAAUAUUAAAAAUUCGACCUUUAAUAUGGAUAUUAAAGUUUCAAGAUUUUUUACGUUAAUCGUCGAUAAUUUAUGAUUAAAAAAAUCAAAUGUCUUCUUGCAGUGCCAAGAUA